AUGGCCGGCCACAAGAGCCCCCGAACAAAAAACGACCCGACCAAGAAGCGCAAACGCGAUGUGACGGAAAACGAUUCGAGAACCAAGAGGCUAAGAGCUGAGCGAAAGGCGAACAAAAUCAAUGGAAUUAAGCUCGAGAACGAAAGCGGCAAUGGCGUAGUUGCUGAGGUGAACGGUAUCUCUGGAGCUUUGGCAGAGGCUGGAACUCGGGAGAUUGAGAUUACUCGCCAGUUCGACGAUACAGAGGCAGGAUGGCGUGUUUCGAAGCCCAUGGGUGGCAGGAUGCUUGAUAUCGAUCCCGUAUUGACAGAAAAUGAGCAAUUCCUCAUUAUUGCAUACAACACAUCUAUCCAGGUGUACUCGGCGGUCGACUCACUCCUUGUCCGACGAAUCCCUAUCACUACGGCCGAACCCUCCGACGACAAGACUGCAGCAGCCGCGCAUAUCGUCGCUAUGAGACAAGCAAAGCAAAACUCCAAUAUCGUCUGGGUGGCCACCUCUGAUGGCCGCGUCUGUGAAGUCGAUUGGACAACCUCCAAGACCCCCGAAUUCUUCCAGACCCAAUCCAAGACUGCAACUGCCAUGGCCCUCGUUACGAAAAAGGUGGCUGGCAGAGUCCAGGAGAUCAUCUUUGUAGCAGAAUCAGAUAAACCGGGCCGAAUUGAGGUUGUCGCAUAUCCAGCCUCAACAACGGAGUCUGAGCACAAGGUUCUCUUCGUUAUGAAGAAGCCCGGCAAUGGCCUGCAGUUGCUCGAGACAAGUGAAGAUGGCCAUGUGGUUGGCGCCGUCAACGACCGUCUUUUCUUUGGCGUUCCAUCACAGCGACAAUUCGAUAAUUUGGCUUCUUUGGAUUACGAGAUUUAUACCUUCGAUAUUCCCGAUUUGGCCAGCGCCCUUGAUCUGAGAGUGUAUCCAAGACCAGUGACGAGUGGAAAGAAAUCGCGACAGGAAGCUGCUGCUCCUGUUCUGGAUAUCAUUGUUGGUGGUGCCCGUGGUUCAAUCUACCUCUACCAUGACGCGCUUGCUCGAAGCCAGGCGCUUGCAAAGUCAGGAUCUGAUAAAGAGCCUAUUCAAGCGCAAAACUUUCAUUGGCACCGUAGAGCGGUGCACGCCCUGAAGUGGUCGCGCGAUGGUAAUUAUGUAAUUUCAGGAGGUUCUGAGAAUUCUCUCGUUCUAUGGCAAAUGGACACAGGAAAGAAGGAUUUUCUUCCCCAUCUUUCUGGCAGCGUGGAGAACAUCGUAAUUUCUGCCAAUGGCUCCUCAUAUGUUGUUCACCUCGACGAUAACUCAGUCAUGGUCAUUUCGACCGCUGAGAUGAAGCCUACAGCAUACGUCGCUGGCAUCCAGUCGGCCGCCAUCAACGUCACUACACCCAAGGAUCUUCUCGUUCAGCGAACAUGGACAACACCUGCGAGCGUCCAGCGACCGAUCCCAGCUGCCAUUAGCCCUACUGAUCAGCCGAGAUUACAUGUCUGUGUGGGCAAUGGCCGGCAGGCUACUAUGUCAGGAGGGUUCUCUGCACCUUUGCUUCAGACCUUCGAUCUCGAGACUUUCCGAAGCGUCUCCAAGCAGGCUUUGGCUCGCACACAGCCAACAGAUGUCAACAUUACGAACAAGGGCCACCCUAUCGAAGAACCCGUCAUUACUCACCUAGCUUUCUCAGCUGACGGAGCGUGGCUUGCUAGUGUUGACACCUGGGAGCCAUCACAACGAGAUGUAGACAACGUUAUCAGCGAUGCCAAGGACCAGUUCAUUCAGGAGCGACGAGAGGUGUAUCUCAAGUUCUGGGAAGCACAAGAAGGUGAGGAGCAGAUUGCACUUGUCUCCAGGAUUAAUGCUCCUCAUGCUACAAAUCGUAACGAGGCAGUUCUCGACCUAGCCUCGAACCCUGUCUCGACAUGCUUCGCAACCAUUGGUACCGACGGCAAUGUCCGAUUGUGGCGGCCCAAGACAAGAUCUCAGAAUGGUGUUGUAGUGAAGGGGCCUAACGGUCGCGAGGUCUUCACUUGGAGCUGCUCUCAGAUUAUUGCUGUGGGCGAUGGUAUUUCUCAAGACAGCGUGAUCGACCUCCUCGAGUCUGGUGUUGCUCAAGAGCCCCAAGGAAGCAUCGCCUUCUCGGAAGAUGGCUCAACUCUCUUCGUUGCUUUCGGAACAGCUGGCUCUGGCGUAAUCUACUUGAUUGAUGCUGCGUCAGGCGAUGUGGUUAAGACCCUCGAAGGCCAAUGGAAAGGUCAAUUGCGAUCUAUCCGUGCCCUUUCGCCUUUCGUCAUCAUCCUGUCAGAUGAAUUGCGCGUUUAUGAUGUUGUCAGUGAUGAGCUACGAUAUGGUGUUGUGAUACCACAGUCCAAGGCCAAUACUCUUCUUCAGCUGGCUGUUGAUCACACUUCCGGUCACUUUGCCCUAGCUCUGCCAGCUAAUGAGGGUUCUCUUAUUGCAGUUUUCCAGCCAGAGGAUAUCGAGCCCCUGUUGGUGCGUAGCACGCCUCAAAGGAUCGUCAGCUUGGUUUCUGCUCCUGAGACAAGUGGUUUCAUCGCCCUGGAUGAUGCUGCUCAAGUGUGGGUGGUUGCUGAGGGAUCAGACCCUUCAUCUCUUGCAACCGUCCAGCCGCUUGAAGACCUCCGCCUCGAGGGCAUUGAUGUUAAUGGCAGCGAGGCUGGCCUCAUCGAUGAGGAUGAGGAUAUGGCAAGCGAUAUUGACGAUGCCGAGGCCGAGCCUGUGACUGAGCCCGAAGAUGUGGAGAUGGAAGAUGAUGACUCUCACCCAAGCGUGAUUCAACAACAACAUCUGGCAGACAUCUUUGACGCUGCACCAGCAUUUGCUGCACCUCCGAUCGAGGAUUUGUUUUAUAAGGUUACGGGCCUCCUCGCGACAAAGCCUCUUUCAGCAUCAUGA